AUGAAUAGCUUUUCAAAGCCUAUAGAAGAUCAUAAUAUUUUAUUUGAGCAAUUUUUAGGUGAUAACAAUUCAGAAGUAGAGCUAGAAUAUGAUGAAACACUUUUAGAACAAUUGAUAAACCAAAAUUCAAUAUUAUUAGAUGCUGAAAACAUUGAAUCAAAUAAACAAUCUAAUAUUUUCACAUUGAAAAUUUUUAUGGAAAUAAAUGAAUAUAAUUCAAGUAGUGAUGAUGAAAUUGAUGAUGAUAAUGAGCAAAAUUUAAAAAAUGAAUCUGAAUCGCAUGAAAAUAAAAUAUACAUUAUGGAUGAAACAUCAACUUCACUUUCACUAUGUGCUAUUGUUGACAUAAUUGAUGGAAAAUUACAAACAUGCAGUAAAAAAUCCAAAUUCAAUUGUGAAAAUGAUGGAUUGCAUGAUGAAGAUUCUGAUAAAAUACUUGUAGUAUUAGCGAAUUGGCUACUUCUUGUUGUAAAAAAUGAAAGAAAUAAAUUGGCAAAAGGAGUUUGGAAAUCAAGAGAAGAAUUGAAUAAACAAAAAGCUGAAAUUCAAAAUCUAACAUUUCUUGAAAAUUACUAUUUAGCUUUUCCAUCAUAUUUAACUGAAUUUUUGGAAAUCUAUAUGAAGAUAUUUUAA